UUCAAUUAGCCUGAGCAAUUGAAUCCAUUUUCUCUUCAUUACCUGGGAUAUUUACCAUAUAUCUGGACUUAUAAGCACUUUUUGUACAGAAUAAAGAAGAUAGAGUACGUGAAAAUGCAUGGGAUGGAAACCAGGCACAGACUGAGCGGCCGGGCAGUCAGACAGCAGGUACUGUUGUUUCCCUUCUUAUUCUCUUUGUUCUGCCGGGCGGUCCCGGAGCAGAUUCGUUAUUCGAUUCCGGAGGAAAUGGCCAAAGGUUCCCUUGUGGGGAAGCUCGCCAACGAUUUGGGGUUGAGUAUCCGAGAGCUUCCGCAGCGAAAGCUCCGUGUCAAUUCGGAAAAACAAUACUUCUGUGUGAAUGGGGGAAAUGGCAACCUGUAUGUGAAUGGCAGGAUAGACCGGGAGGAGAUAUGCGGGGAGACACCCCUUUGUGUCCUGACACUCGAAACGGUGGUGGAAAAUCCUCUGAAUGUUUUCCAUGUGAAUGUAGCAAUCCAGGACAUUAAUGAUAACGCCCCGCGGUUCAAGACAAACAACAUUGAUUUAGCAAUUAUUGAAUCCGCACUGCCUGGUGUGCGAUUUCCACUAGAAUCUGCUCAAGAUCCAGACGUUGGGGUCAACUCACUGAAGAGUUACCAACUCAGCAAGAACCCGCAUUUUAUCCUGUCAGUAAACGAGAGUCCAGAUGAAAACAAAUAUGCUGAGUUAAUUUUGGAAAAAUCUUUGGAUCGGGAAAAGCAAAACUCUCAUCACUUGAUCCUGACGGCUGUGGAUGGGGGAGAUCCAGUCAGAACUGGGACGGUUCAGAUUAGGAUUAAUGUCACUGAUACCAAUGACAAUCGCCCCGAAUUUACUGAAGAGAUCUACAAAGUAAGCCUGAGAGAAAAUCUACCAAAUGGCUCCUUAGUGGUUCAGGUGAAAGCCACGGAUCAGGAUGAAGGGUUAAAUGGCCAAAUCACAUACAUUUUUAGCAACAUUAAAGAAAAUGCUCGUAAAUUAUUUCAUUUAGAUCCUGUGAAUGGAAGAAUUACAAAUACGGGGAUUCUGGAUUUUGAGAAAACAAAUACAUACACAAUACGUAUAGAGGCCAGAGAUGGGGGAGGACAAUCUGCUCAUUGCAAAGUUCAAAUAGAAAUUCUUGAUGAGAACGACAACGUCCCGGAAGUGACGUUCACAUCUAUAUCCAGUCCCAUUCCAGAAGACUCAGUAGCCGGCACAGUGGCGGCUCUGAUCAAAGCCUAUGACCGAGAUGCCGGUGAAAAUGGAGACGUCACCUGUCAUCUUCAACACAACUUGCCUUUUAAAAUAGUGUGGUCCUCUAAUAAUUAUUACAAAAUUCUCACAGACAGCACCCUGGACAGGGAAAGGACCCCGGAGUACAAUAUCACAAUCACAGCCACAGACAAAG